UCCAGGUGAAGACAGUCAUCGCUCUAUAGAUGAGCAAAGACACUGAGGGGUGACCAACCUCCCCCUGUUGCCCCCUGGAACAGGAAGAACUAUUCUCAGCAUGGAUGCUGAUCAGGCUCAGGCAAGUGCUCACAGCCCUUACCUCAACUCAUCUAGGGCACCUUUCCAAAAUCCACAUGCAGUCCCUGUUCCCCACCACCAGCUCUUCAGCCACAAUCUCCAAGGAUGGGGCCAGGGGACAAGGUUUGGGGAAUGUGCUUCAGGUAUGUUUCAUGCAUUGCCCUUCUUGAGCUCCAAGUGGUCCCACCAAGAUGGGGGCCUGAUCUUGGUGCCUGAUACCACUCUGAGAAGAGAAAGCCCUGGGGUAGACGACUGUGCCCAGCUGUAGCCUCUGGGAAAUAAAGGUCAAUGUCCGUUGCCAGGGAGGCCUUGACACCAGGUCAACUUUAUGACAGAGUCACCAAAAUAGCCAGUAGCAUUGUCAUGGGGAGAAACGGGGUUGGCCCUUUGCUGGAUUAUCCAGGGACCAGCUCUUCAUUGAGGCUUUCCCUCACUUCCUAGCCUCCUCCCUCUGGGCAGUAGUAUGUGACUCUCCGAGCUCCUAGGACUGUUACCUUGUGUCAACCACAAAGCACCCAAAAACCCAGGUGUAGGGAGAGAGGCCUGAGCUAUGCCCCCACCUUCAUGCCCUGGUUGAAGGCAGCAGUCACGUGUGGGGCCUUCAUUAGACCCUGACAUAUAAGCUGUGGGCUCAGGGUGGCCAGAAACUCUCCAGGCAAGGAUCCAGCAAGCAGAGGUCAUGCUGACUGCAGUGCUGCUGAGCUGGGCCCUGCUGCUGACACUUCCCCCUAUGCAGGAAGCUCAGAGGGGCUUGGCCCCUCUGGAAGGCAUCAGAAGGCCUGACCAGGCCCUGUUCCCAGAGCUGCCAGGCCUGGGCCAGCAGCCUCCACUGAAACGGACAAGCGCAGAACAGUCCAUAGAAGCUCUGCUACAGGAGGCUGAGGCCUUGACAGAGGUACUAGAUCCGGAGGGCCGCGAGCCACGCUCCCCGCGACGCUGUGUAAGGCUGCAGGAGUCCUGUCUGGGACACCAGGUAUCGUGUUGCGACCCAUGUGCCACAUGCUACUGCCGUUUCUUCAACGCCUUCUGCUAUUGCCGCAAGCUGGGUACUGCCACGAUCCCCUGCAGCCGUACCUAGUGGGCCGACGCGGGGUCGAGGCUGGACAGGGGUAGCGAAUAAAGGUUGGGACCAACCCCAA